AUGAGGUGUCUUCCUCAUUUUGACAUUAACGUCGCCUAUCUGGAUGAGAACGACGGAAUACUUCAAGCAGCUGUACGCAAACAAAAUAUAGAUAUCGUUCAAUACAUCGUGAGGAGAGUAUCUUUACAAAAAAUAAAUGAAGUGGUGGAAUAUAAUCGCAUAACAUCUUCACAUUUGGCUCCGAUGAUGAAAAAUGAGACUAUUACAAGGAUACUUCUUGAAAAACAAGCAAAUGUACACGCAGAAGAUAAAAAAGGUCGUACUCUACUAUUGUAUGCAGUGAAAUACGAACAAUUGGAACAGUGCAGAUUACUUCUUCAACACGGAGCGAGGAUUGAAAAUAGACCUAAAGAGGCGACGAAAUUAUUCAACGCACUUUUUUGUCAUGCCAAAAAAUUGAAUAUAAAUAUAUUUCAAUUUUUAAUAGACCACGGUUUGAAUCCCAACACUACUGAUGUUUAUGGCAAGACAAUUUUGCACAGAGUGGCUGAAAGCACUCGCAUUCGAAAUGCCGUAAAAUGUGGCGAACUGCUCCUCAAAUACGGUGCUAACAUCAAUGCGAUAACCAGAAAAGGCGAUUCAGCUCUUCACCUUGCAGCUGAUAACUGUUCGGGUCUGCCAUUUUACGAACUCAUGUUCGAAAAGGAUGCGGACCUCAAUAUAUGUAAUAAAAAAAAUAAAACAUUCUUUGAUGUCGUCUUUGAACGGUCUGAGAUUCUCCUAGAAGGCUUCAUCAAAUAUUUAGUCCUGGCCAAAGCCAGAGGAAAAAUGGAUUAUAAUUUUGGCACUGUGAUGUUGAAUCCGAUCGAGUCGCGGAGUACAUUCAAUGCGAAAAAGAAAUGA